GGGGAGGGGAGGUUGCGGCCGUCGGGCUUCGCGAUGGGGAAGAAGCACAAAAAGCAUAAAGCAGACAAGGCGGAGUGGCGGUCGGCUUCUACCACCGCGUACAGCGAUUAUGUAGACAAGCCUUUGGAAAAACCUUUGAAGCUGGUUCUUAAAGUUGGAGGAAGUGAAGUAACUGAACUUUCUGGAUCAGGACAUGAUUCUAGUUAUUACGAUGACAGAUCAGAUCAUGAGCGAGAGCGGCAUAAAGAGAAGAAGAAGAAAAAGAAAAAGAAAUCUGAGAAGGAGAAAGAAAAGCACCUUGAUGAUGAGGAAAGAAGAAAGAGAAAAGAAGAGAAAAAGAGGAAAAGGGAAAAAGAGCAGUGUGACACUGAAGGCGAAACUGAUGACUUUGAUCCUGGGAAAAAAGUGGAGGUUGAGCCUCCUCCAGAUCGUCCUGUCAGAGCAUGCAGAACUCAGCCAGCUGAAAAUGAGAGCACACCAAUCCAGCGAUUACUAGAACACUUCCUUCGUCAGCUCCAAAGGAAAGAUCCUCAUGGGUUUUUUGCUUUUCCAGUCACGGAUGCCAUCGCUCCAGGAUAUUCCAUGAUAAUAAAACACCCCAUGGAUUUUGGAACUAUGAAGGAAAAAAUUGCAGCAAACGAAUACAAAUCAGUCACUGAAUUCAAGGCAGAUUUUAAACUCAUGUGUGAUAAUGCAAUGACUUACAACAGACCAGAUACUGUUUACUACAAGCUAGCCAAGAAGAUACUGCACACAGGCUUUAAGAUGAUGAGCAAAGAACGGCUGUUAGCUUUGAAGCGCAGCAUGUCGUUUAUGCAGGACAUGGAUUUUUCUCAGCAGGCAGCUCUUUUGGGUGAUGAAGACACAGUGGUUGAGGAGCCUGUUCCUGAAGUUAUGCCUGUACAAGUAGAGACUACCAAGAAAUCCAAAAAGCAAAAUAAAGAAGUUAUUAGUUGCAUAUUUGAACCUGAAGGAAAUGCUUGCAGCCUGACAGAUAGCACUGCUGAAGAACAUGUCCUGGCACUAGUGGAACAUGCAGCAGAUGAAGCUCGGGAUAGGAUCAAUCGAUAUCUACCCAACAGCAAGAUUGGUUAUCUGAAAAAAAAUGGAGAUGGAACUUUAUUGUUCAGUGUAGUAAAUUCAUCUGAUCCAGAAGCAGAAGAGGAAGAGACUCAUCCAGUAGACCUGAGUUCACUGUCAAGCAAAUUUUUACCCGGCUUCACUACACUGGGCUUUAAAGAUGAACGAAGAAACAAAGUAACCUUUCUUACAAGUGCCAGUACAGCCCUUUCCAUGCACAACAACUCUAUUUUUCAUGAUUUGAAAUCAGAAGAAGUGGAACUCCUAUACUCAGCAUAUGGUGAUGAAACUGGGAUACAGUGUGCCUUAAGCCUACAGGAAUUUGUGAAGGAUGCUGGACACUACAGCAAGAAAAUAGUAGAUGAUCUUUUGGACCAGAUCACAAGUGGAGAUCAUUCCAAAACUGUAUAUCAGCUAAAGCAGAGACGAAACAUCCCAGUAAAGCCACUGGAUGAAGUUAAAGCUCUACCAGUUCUCAUAAAAGAAGAACACAAGCUACGUAACACCUGUCCUGAUUCUUCCAAACAGAUCAUGGUUGGAGAAUCUGCUGGAGACAGUAACGCUUCUGAAUUGGACUUUCUGUCUAUGAAGUCAUAUUCAGAUGUAUCUCUUGAUAUUUCGAUGUUAAGUUCAUUAGGGAAAGUGAAGAAGGAACUAGAUCAUGAUGACAACCAUUUACAUCUGGAUGAAACAGCUAAGCUUCUGCAGGACCUUCAUGAGGCUCAAGCUGACAGAGUGGGAUCCCGACCGUCAUCCAACUUGAGUUCCCUCUCCAACACUUCUGAAAGAGAUCAGCAUCAUCUUGGAAGCCCUUCUCAUCUGAGCGUUGGAGAACAGCAAGACAUAGUUCAUGAUCCCUAUGAAUUUCUUCAGUCCCCAGAAACCUCAAAUGCUACUACUAACUAAUUUGAACUUCUAUAUAUAUUUUGUAUUUUAAGUGUACGGUUGUUAUAUAAAUUUUUGUACUUGGCAGAAGCCUCAGUUUGUCCUACUUUGUAUGAGGAUUCCAGUAUAACGUUGUAUAAUAUACCGGUCAAAAAAGCCAAGCCCAAAGAUGGAAGGGUACUCUGGUGCAUCAUGGUGUCUGCUUUUGCUUUGUAUGUUAGAGUGUGUCUUGUCUACUGGUGUAUGAAUCUUGACUGAAAAACAAGUGCUGUGUUAGAGAGUUUCUGUUCUGUAAGAAGUGAUCAUUGUUCCACCAUCAUGGCAGCGAUCUUGAAACGUCUCCUGUAGAGUUAUGUUCCAGUUUCUCUUUUGGUCUUAACUUGGGCAUCCUCAAGGAGGAAUAUCUUGCUUCCCCAGUGACAGAACUGAAUGAACUGAAAGAACUGGGGUCGUUUUUUGCUUUCCAUCUUGUACCCUCUAAUCUGUACAAAUAGUUUGUGUUUCCCUCUCUUUGUAAAUCUUUCAUUUUAUCACCCUAGAGAAUAUUUAAUAUGAGAAGAGCAGUACUUGUAGUUGCUUUAAAAUGUUUAAUUCUGCCUUGGAUCUAAAAAAGGUGGAUGUUUUUAUGAUCCCUUUUGUCUUGAAAAAGGAAGAGAUUACAAUACUUCUAAUUUCAGUAUUUAUAUUUGCUCGGAUGAAAAGAAUUCUGCAUGCAGCUUGCUUUUUGGUAAUUCUAAGGUAAAAUCUUUGGAAUUCAGUAUUCUUGGGGGGUGUACCAGUGGUAUGCGCAAGGUGGACAUGUUAUAAAUUCACCAUGUUUUGUAAAUUUGUAAAAAUAAAGAGCGAGGAAGAGGAAGCAGAGCUCUCAUCCA